AUGGGUAAUACAGCUUCGGCGAAACAGGUCGCUGAUCAGGUGGCUUAUGGAAUCAUCGCCUGCGUCACCGUCGGCGUGCUCAUCGUCAUGGUGUACAUGUGCAUUUUUGGACAACGCUUGAAGGCCACUGGUGUCCGUUGGCACGUGCUGAAUUGUAGUGUGUGGGGUAUAUUGCAUCUGAUCUCGUACUGUUCGUUCGCCGAAAAGGCCCCGUGGCCCAACUACAUUACUAACCAAAACUGGCGAGACACUGCGAAGCAAGUGGAGUGCCUGACCCGAUCCAUCUUCCCAGCUGGUAUGGUUUUCGUCUAUUUGGAGCAAAUCAUCUUGACUCUUGCACCGAAAUUGGCCAACUCCAUCAUUUUCAACGCCGUCUUCUUCGUACUUCUUGUCCCAUGGCUCAACGGUCUCAUGAUCUUCUUGUACUAUGCUCAUUACAUGGACGUUGUGUGGUGGUACGAGCCAGCUGAUCUCUUCAACCUGGCCACCUAUCUCCUUUUCGUCACAUUCACUUUCAUCUACUUCCUCUUCUGUCUGUUCGGAACUUGUCUUUGCUGCGCUACAAUGGCUUCCAAGAAACAGUCAUCGCGCACGACCGGAACCUUCGCCGACAUGUGGCUCCUGUUCCCAUAUGGUCUUGUCCCAUCUAUCAUGUAUGGUCCGUCGUUUGGAAUGACUUCUGUCAGUUUUGCAAUGCAACAUCUUCUCACCUGGGUUCUGGAGAGUGGUCUGCUCAGCGGAGGCGGUGGCAGCUCUAGUGGAGACAGUAUGAUCGAUAUGAAUCUUCUGAUGCAAGUAGCCACUAAUGCCAUCCUCGCCAUGCCCUGGUUCGUGCUCCUUUUCCCAUUGGUUCAAUCGGUUUUGGCGCUGGUCUGCUUGAGAAUGUUCCGGGAGCAGUUCUUCUUCAUGGUCUCCUGCGGUCGCUUUUUCGAGGGCAAACACCAUAAGAUUGGAAUGACCAAGGACGAAUGGAAUGUGACUUCAAUUGGACCACCGCCCCUCUAUCCCAUCUCGGCACCGUCUGAAAAGCAAGAGGCUUGA